CCUGGCAACCCGGGGGGAGUCUGUUGGCAGAAAACCUCGCCAGCAGCAGAGUCUCGGUUCCAGAUCGACCGACGACAGGAGCUGCGCCGCGUCCCCGAGCUGCGGAUCACUUCUCCGGCCCAAGACAAAUCAAUCUGGUGAAGAAGCAAAAAGAGAACCACAGUUUUCUUCUUAAUGGUGGAGGACUGAUCUGGACCUGCUGCCAGUUGUGACCCCCCCCUGCUGGCGUCUCAACGGAGAAACCCUCGAGGAGAAAGUUGCCACACGUGGAGUCUUCGUCUGAGCAGCAGCUUAAACACACUUGAACAGUUAUCUUACAUUCUGGACGAAAGUUAAAACCAAGCAUCUCUCUCACAUACGUCUUUGUUACAACAUGGCAAAGAAAAACAGCCAGAAGGAUACUUCUGGGGUGGUGUUCGACACGCGCUCGAAGAUGGUCAUGUCCCAGGGAGGCACGGCGGAGAGAAUGAAGGAGAAGAUCAGCGCUGUCAGAGCAGUCGUCCCCAACAAAAGCAACAAUGAGAUCGUGCUGGUGUUGCAGCAUUUCGAGAACUGCGUGGACAAAGCUGUGCAGGCUUUCAUAGAAGGAAGCGCAGUUGAGAUCCUGAAAGAAUGGAAUGUCACCGGCAAGAAGAAGCCCAAGAAGAAGAAGAAGCCCAAGCCUCAGCCCGAGGCCUCGGCCGAGCUCGCUCCCCCGGAGGCGCCGUCGGCCGGGGAGGGAAAGGAUGAGAUGAACGGGUUUCACGCCAACGGCUCGGUGGUGGACGGAGAGUCACUCGAUUCUCUGAGUGAACAGUUGGACUCGGCCUCCCUCGACGCAGCAGAGCUGGACUCUGAACCCGCCACGUCUGAAACAACUGGUGCAGAGGCAGAAAGUCAAGAUAGAGCCGAGAGUCCCGUGUCUCCCCAAGAAGGGCGAAACCAUCAGGCUCCCAGAGGCAACAAGGCCCGGCGCCGGCCCGGCCCAAAUUCACAUCCCCCCACUUCCUCAUUAGGACCCAUCACUGAUGAACAAGGGUCCCAAGGAGCCAAGAAGAUCGCUUCCACCAUCGACCGCUCUGUGAAGGACCUGCAGCGAUGCACCGCCUCAUUGACUCGCUACAGGAUGGUGGUGAAGGACGAGAUGGACUCGUCCAUCAAGAGGAUGAAGCAGACGUUUGCCGAGCUCCAGAGCUGUUUAAUGGACAGAGAAGUGACUCUGUUCUCAGAAAUGGAUAAAGUGAAAGCAGAUGCCAUGGUGAUUCUGAACGCUCGGCAGAAGAAAGCCGAGCAGCUCCGACGGCUGACGGACAAGUCGGCGUCCAUGUCCGAGGAGCAGCUGACCGAGCUGCGCGCAGACAUCAAGCACUUUGUGAGUGAACGUAAAUACGACGAGGACCUCGGGAAAGCAGUGAGAUUUACAUUUGAUCUGGAGCCGCUGAAGACGAGCAUCACAGAGUUCGGAUCAGUUUAUCAUCCACGUACAGGUUACUCAGCCCGGUCCCGCUGUAGCUCCACCUCCUCUUCUGUCGCCAGCCCGAGUCUCCAGGAAACUCCUCCUCCUCCUCCCACCCAGACCCAGAGCCCCCCCAGUGAACACCGCCCCCCGCCAAACAAACAGAUUUUCCAGGGCAACAGGCGCACGUUCCAGGGUCAAGGGUUCCAGCGGUACAACGGCGGCUCUUACCAGGAGAGGAACGCUGCUCGAGCUAACCAGCGCUACCAGAGCGAUGGAGCUCAUCCUUCACAGCGCGCCACCAACUCGAGGGCUCCGUCCAAUCCCUCCUCGUCCUCCCACAACCCAGACCCAUCGUCUCACAACGGGCUGCCACAGAGGCCUCCGCGGACGCACUGCCCUUGACAUUUGGAAAUCCUGGUCCCGAUCAAACACCCCCGCCCGACUAACCCUUGCACUCUCCUCCCUGUAACGCCCCCCCCCCCAUCCCCGACACCCCGCACACACACACCAUACUAACUCCUCUCAAUGAAGAAUAGAACACAAGUUUACAUACUUCCAUCAGUCGAGCUGUAGUGCCACCGCUCUUCAUCAGUCCACUCAUCCUUCAAACUUGAAACGCUCUCUCGCUGUCGCUCUCUCUCUCUUUCUCUCUUUCUUUCUCUCUUCUUCUCUCAUCCUGGUUUAGGUAGCCGCUUCUAUCUUUAGCCCGUUGGAGAGAUCUCAUCGCGGAGCCAUCGACAGACUCUUGUUCUUCAUCUUCUUGCUUCCGAGCCGCCUGCCAGAGAGCGACAGGAUCAUCUGCAGCGAUUUGUGCUCCAUUGAAGUCGAGCUCGUAGAACUGUGUCUAUUUCUGCGGCGGCGUUCAUCGGCUCUUUGAUUUACACCUCCACCUUUUCUUUUUUUUUUUUUUUCCUAGUCUCCCAGAAACAUUUCAAAGGCUUCACUGUGGAACUCGUCGUAGAAGUGCAAAAGUAGUUCUAGCGUGAACAGGGGUCCGGGAGAGUAGACCUGCGAUCAACACUACACACUAUUGUUAAUCUCUUUAAGGUAAAAGACAAAAUACCGGAGAACAUAUCAAACUGUAAUCCAGAGCUUUUCUUACGGCUGCUACCAACCUGAGGGAGUUUGUUAACGCUGUGAACUCUCGAAGGAAAAGUUCCUGACAACUUGAGAAAUUAGCUCAUUUGUGUGAAGCUGCAGCUAAUUAGCUCAUCUUAGUUUAAAGAACAGGAAGCUCAUGUUAGCUCGUUACCUUGCAAAUGUUUAAAAAGCUAAUAACAAAGGAAUCUGUCCACAUGCUGUUUCAUACUCCUCCACGUGUCCCAGGAGGCUUUUCAUCCAGUUUGUUCAUAGUUAAUAUUUUUUUGUUAAAUGCACACAAAUGGCAUUUUUCUGACGUGCUUUGCCUUUGCUCACAGAGCGACCUCACUUUUUUUUUUUUUACCAGUGUCUGCUCCACGACGGCUCUUUUAACAGACGGCGCAUGUAGAUCCAAUCGGAGAGCAACCUGCCAGAGCGUCUCUUCCUCUUUUUCUAUCCUCACUUUAUCUCUCGUCGCAUCAGAAGUUUGUUAUCGACUUCGAAGAUCUUCUUUUUUGUUUUGUUCUAUUGCUUCCGAUAAGUUGCUGCAGGGCUGUGGACAGGGUUCAUCUCUUUGCUGCUGGUGAAUACCUCAGUGCUGAUGUUUGUGACGCGACCUGUUAUCGCAUUUUCCUGUCGAGGGAAACUCUCCUUCACGUUAAAGCUGCAUUUUCCUUCAUGCGUCUUCUUCCCUCGAGCCGACGCUCUGAAGACGAGAGGGACGUUUUGAAAAGAAAACGAUUUUUAUUUUAUUUUGUUGAAAGGAAUUAAUUUAGUUUUCUCUCCCGAUUUGUGUUUGUUAAUCGGGUUUUCUGAUCAUAGGAAGUUUUUUGUUUUUUAAUAAGAGAGAUUAUGUUCAUGAGUAUAAUUUGGAGAAAUUAGUUCUCAGUUGUUUGCGGCUUUCGGUAAAUUUGUGCUGUAACAGUUUGACUUAAAGGAAAUUGGGAAAUACGCUUUUUUUACUUUGUUAUCUAGAGACGAUAAAAAGAGAACUCCUGGACAAGGAGGAAUAAACUUCUGGAUCAUCCAGGACUGUCUCAAGAGGCAGAAGGAAACUGGAGUUAAAGUGUGAGACGACAAUCAGUUUAAUGGUUUAUUUUCAGAUGGCUUUAAACCUCAGGCCAGAUGAAUCUGUUCCACUACAGGGACGUGAAACCAAUCGAUUUAUUAUCAACACAUAAGUCGACAUGUGAAAAACGAAACAAAUAUUCACAUUUCAGAAGCUGGAACAAGUAAAUUUAAAGAGGAAUCAAUCAUCAAAAUAAAUGCUGAUGAAUAUUUUCUGUCUACAAAUGAAUCCACUAAUCAUUUCAGCUGCUGAGUUCAGUUUCUACCUGGAGGUCAACCAGUGAUUUGCCGGCUCCGGUUGAUCCAGCUCUCGGUUAGAAGGUGAAAAAGUGUAUUUCCUGAGAAGUUAAACUCCUUUAAAGUUCUUUCUGAGACUUUUAUUGACUGAAGUUGUUGGACAUUCUACAAUGAAGCUGGACCAGUUCCUCUGCAGACCGACAGUUCAGCUUCUACUCCAGAGAAUCUGCUGGACCCGUUCAAUCAGAGACGCUUUAGUUUCCUCGUCUGGGUUUUUUGUCCGUCUCGCUUUGACCACUUUUCGUUUUCUCACAUUCCAAAACAGUAGGAAUAUUAGUUUAUCGCCAAAGAAAUAAUCUCGUCCCGUUUUUUUAAAAAAAAGAAAAAAGUUGCUGCCGUUUUGUUUUGUUUUGCUUGUAAACAUUUCCAAAGGGUAAAGCUCCAACACUUCUCCUUUCUGUCUCCUCCUGCUUUACUUUCUGAUUCCUUACUGUAUAUACAUAUAUGUAGCUAUAUAAUUUUGUGCUCCCAUAGGGCAUUCUGUAUGUGAUAUUCAUAUUAGGCAUAAUGGAGGUUAAAACAUCUAGUCCAUUCAUUCUUCCAGUAGAGCCUUUGUCCUCCUCCAGACGAUUUCUCUGAGACAACUAUAAACUCAAGUGCCUUUUUCUCGUCUCCCACCGAUCCAUCGACGUCCCCUCCACCAGAGUAUGGACCAAAGACAUCAGCCGUCCCCCCCCCCCCCCUCGCCCCCCCUCUCUCUCUCUCCUUCUCACUGAAUGGCACACUUUUCAUUUACUACGAAUAAACCGUUUGCAAUACUGA